AUGGCGGCAGCGGCGGCGGCGGCGCUGCGGGAGUGGGCGGCGGCGGUAGCGCGGCUGGACGGGGCCUGGCGGGAGGCGCUGGCCGCCUGCGCGCCGCUGCUGGGCUCGCUGGCCGGGCUGGCGGCGCAGAUGCGGGCGGCACAGCGACUGGCGUGGAGCGGCUCGCCCCUGGGGGCCUUCGGUGAGCUGCAGGAGCGGCUGUGGCGGAAGCAGCGCGGCGCGGCGGAGGCGCUGCUGGAGCAGCUCGGUGCCCGGCGGGCGGAGCUGCGGGCCGUGCGGGACGCCGUGGGGGCCGGUGGAGCUGCCGUGCUGCGGCUGUACGAGGAGCGGGCGGCGGAGCUGGGGCUGGAGGCGGCCUUGCGGCGCGGGCCGCGCUGCCCCUCGCUGGCGGAUGUGCUGGAGGGGCUGCAGGACGUGGAGCGCUACUACCGGCACCUCUACCUGGAGAGCAAACUUUUUCUCCUCCGCAUCAGCUGUGACAGCCUGAUGGACAUGGAAGCCCUCCCACAGGCAUGGGAGAAGGUGUUGGAGCGUUACAAGGGAGACGUUGUUCAAGAUACACUCCUCAAGGUCUCUCUGUUUGUGGACAACCACCGGGAGCUGUGCUGCUCUCCAGGUUCCUGAUGGAGGACAGGAGGGACUGACACUGACCAGCUUUAAGAGUCUGGUGUGCCCCGAGAUGGCACAGAAGACACUAACCUGAGGAACCUUAGGGGUGGUUUUUGGAAGCUGAAUGAGUUGGGUACUUGCCUCAGCAAGAACUGUUUGGACUGUUUUGUUUUGAAGUAGAAAUGGACUUGGUGUUUGAGGAAGAGGCUGAGCUAAACAAGCUGUGAAGGUCAGAGAGUCACCUUCAGCUGCAGAGGUUGCCCUUUCAUCUGCCUGUUGUGGAUGUUUUGUGUGCUCAAAAAUAUGUUGGGACUGUGAAGUGUGCCCCAAAUCAGUGAGCCUAAUGUAAGGCCUGUGAUCAUGAUGCUUGGGUGCUGUCCUUAGAACUAAAUAAAAGCUAUCAAGUUAGGGCUUAGAAGCAGUUUGUGCCUUAUGCCUCUGAGCACUGUACACUGAAGAAUGAGUGGAUCUGGCUUGAAAAUGCACAGAUGGAGGUGUGUGAAGGCCUGAGGUCGCUCACAGGCAGUUUUCAAGUGUGCUGAGGUCUGUAUCACCUUGGGUUCUGUGCUGGGACAGGGUUAAAUCACAGUCCUAGAACCCCAUGCUCUGGGACAGCAGCAGCUGCCAGCUCCAGGGGCAUGCGUCCUCUGGAGCACUUGUGGGAACACCUGUCUUUUACGUUUGGUCGGAAACUGUAGCUUCUCAGAGGAGCCCAAAUAAAGAGCUGCCCUUGGGCACGUUGUA